UUGUUUGCAGUGAUCCGGAAGCGUUUGUAAGGCAGAGUGAAGCCGCAUCUCUGGAUUGAGAAGCCAGUGUGCAGUGAGAGUGGAGAAGAAAAUGCAUCAGUGUUGUGAGAUGGGGAACCUCCCCAGAUCUUACCCACUAGGCGUGACCUCACGGUUGUUGCCCUAACACAUAAACAACAUCAGGAAUAGGAGCAUCAAUUAUGUGACUACACAGACUUGAAAUAACUGACUAAUGCAAAUCAUGACGCAAUUCUUGGUAUUGCGACGCUCCAUGACGGUGAUGGUUAUCACGUGGAUGAGAUCAUCCACGUUCAGGUUGACCCGCCCACUGCCCAGUUUUUGGGAUUUUGAUGCGGGAUCCGAGAUCAUUGAUGACUCACGAUGACUGAACCACAACUGCCCAUGACCAGCAUGAGCGGGAGUUCCACGCCGACUGGGGAAAACCCGCCCAUAAUCGAGUACUUCAAAAGGAAAAAGAAGAUGUCGUGGACAGAGAAAAAAUUCAAUUUCCCUUUCAUAUCCUCCAAUCGGUCUCGAAGCCGCACUCAACAUGAGUAUGCCAAGCGAGACAUUGAGGCCCAAAAGGUGAUCUCGGCUAGUCUCAGGAAACUGAAGAAACUACAAAAGCGAUGGUUUGUCCUCUACUCGGCCUCGGAAGAUGGGUCCCACCCGGCUCAUCUGGAGUAUCACGAGAACGAGAAGAAUUGGCGCGACCACAAACCACCUAGAAACGAGUAUAUCUUAGACGAGUGUCUGAAUAUCUGUCAGCGUGAGAGCCGAGAUCAAAAGUUCAAGUACGUGAUCGACGUGGUAUCGCUGCACGAGUUUCUCUCCAUUGUGUUCGAGGAGGAGCUCGAGCUCAAGAUUUGGUUGGAUCACCUUCUGAGCCUGCAGAAAGGUCGUUCGGCGGACGGCAAGAUCCCGAAGCCUAAUUAUGACCAAGUGUUCCCCGUGCAAGUGAAGUACUUCAAGGCCGAGGAUUCGUCCAAUACGUACCUGAUGAGCGGUCCCCACCGCUUAUGUGUCACCCCUGAGGACUUGAGGUUUUUCCCACAGGGACAAUUGAAACCCGUGAUAUUCCGCCUCGAAAGUGUGCGAUCUCAUAUGUGCAGUGAUAGGAUGUUCCAUUUCCAAACAGGGCGAAGUUCGCCCUCGGGUGCCGGAACCCUAACCCUUCAAUGUGAUGAUAAGGAUAAUGCAGUCACCCUGAACAAUGCGGCCAACCAUGCAAUGCGCAAUGCCAAAGAUGUGGCCUCGUCUCGUCAAAACUCCCACGCCAUUCGAAGUCGAGAUCAUCGUCAUGAUAUUUCAAGUACCAGUCUGAACACAUCGUCAAUAUCUGAGGACAUCAGGCGAAGAUCUGAGUCAUUGUCAAAGAUUGAUAAAUCUAGAGCGGGCACGUCGAUGCCCAAGCCUUCCAUUCAACCAACUUCCUAUAUUGAGCCCUCUCUUCAAUCGCGAACGAGAACUAUAAGCGAGGGCAAUCACAUGGAAUCCCAUAGGGGCGGCCGUACUUGGGGUCCAUCAUCCAUGCGCGGUGGAGGUGGAAAGUCCGUCUCCUUGCUUUCAGGGUCCCCAUUAAGUCCCAAUCAAGGGUCUUAUGUCAGCUCAGAGUCGGCGGGCUCGUCCAACUCCAUAGAUGAGGCCGAUUACUUCCACACACGUCAGACUUCCGUCAAUGAUGUUCCAGUCACGGACACAAUAUUUGAGGAGAGCUCAGCAGAGUCUUGUAUUGAUCCGGCAGCUUUAAGACAAAUGGAUUCGCAUCUCGAUUACCCGAUCCAUUCCGGAGGUGGUGCGACGGUGUCACAUCAAAGAACCAAUUCAGACCAUGUCAUGUACACCCCUGUCGACAUUCAAAGCUAUCCUGGCGAUCCCCGAGAUCCAAGCUCAGCCAUUGCCUCGUUCGCUUCCUCACCUCUGACCAAUAGCGAAAUCCAGUACGCGUCUAUUAUGAAUGCUAAAGCCACGCCCACAGCCACAGCUGACUCAGACUACAUGGAUAUGACUCCCAAGUCCACCGCGGCGAAUAGCGCCACUUCCUCACUCAAACGUCAUACAGGCACCUCAAGUCUCCUCAUGGAGGCCAAUAUUACUAGUCCAAGCAGUCAAAGUUCCUAUAUGCCCCUAGAUGACAAUGACGACUCUGCUUACCAUGUCAUGAGUCCCCUAGGACUACCGAACAACAUCAUAAACAACACUACUACCAGCCAAACAACUUUGACCGGUAGUGGUGCCAAUAGUAGUAGAAGCAACAGUAUCAUUUUAAAAGACAAGCCCGUCAUUCGGGAUUCAAACUCUUCGUUGCCCAUAUCAUCGUCGCGUAAAGCCUCAGCAGUUUCAUCCAACACAUCGAAUACGAAUGUGAUUACUGCCGAUAUUUCAAUUAAAUCUGCUCAAUCUGCUCCAACUGCUACUCCAACAAUGACUGACGGCGAUGAUGAUUACAUGGCUAUGAGUCCCGUAACUUCAAGCUCUGUGGCCUCGAAUAUUUCAGCCAACCAACAAUCUGCCCCCUUGAGCAAACUUGGUCAUCUUAAUAAUAUCAACAACAACAACAACAUUUUCAAUACCGAUACUAAUAACAGCAAUGGCGUCACCAAUCGCACGAGAAAAGUAGACACAUCUACUUUAGCAUCAGCUUCUGUCAACAGCACUCCAAUGUCAGGUCAAUUAAGUCGGAAAAAUAUGGACAUCCCACUAAAGAUGCAGACUACCAACUCCGUGAAUGACAUCCGUACCACCAACGAGUAUAACAACAAAUUUUCUCCACCCGAAGGGGACGAACCUCUGCAAGAUUACGAGGUCAUGAGUCCAGUUAGCGUCUUCCGGCCGUUAACCGAGCCGCUGACCAGCAGUGCCCAGCCCCUUAGAGCAAUUGAGGAACAAUUAGGAGGCCAUAAUCCGGGCACACCCAUCCACAUGCGAAGUGAGAUCUCCGGUGGAGCCCGUCGGAAGACCUCGCAUUCACACGUGAGGAGUGUCGAGCGGACGGGAAGUAAAAGAAACUCGUUUUGUUCGGAUGUGGACGGACGAUGGUCUCCGAUCGACAUGCCAGUCAUUGACCGGGACGCCUUGGACGCGGAAACCCCCGACUAUGUACCCAUUGACUACUCUCAAAGUGGGACUGGAAUCCCGAUUCCAAUAGGACCCCGGAUGUCGCCCACCAGCUCGAAUAGUGUCAUCUCGGGAACGCCCAACUCGACCGAAUCUCGUUUUCCUGACUUCAAUCACGAUCCAACGGCAGGUGUCCCCAUGAUCCCUCCAGGCCAGUCCAAAAAAGCCCAGUCCUAUAUCCGCCAGGACGAUGACGACAACAACUUUGACCAUCCCUAUCACAUUCCCCAAAGAGCUUACUCAAUCAGUAGUGGGAAGGGCUCCUCCGAUUUGUCGAGCUCAGGGGCGGUCCGGGUUCGCACGGGCUCCACUAGUCGUUUCAUGGAUAUUCCAGGGCGGGGUAGUCGCAGUAAGCUAACCCCAUCUCCUUUUGGCAAGACUCCGCCGUCCGCUGCCUCCGGUGUACCUGCAGGGCAAUCCCCUAAUUUUAUCUCACGUAUUGACUCCUUCUUCCGGAAUCGAACCGGAUCUGUUCCUUCCAAAUCAAACUUUAUUCGACGUCGACGCCAUCGAACUCAAAGUGAAGGCGAGAAGGACGAGGAUGAGGACGAGGACGCUGAGGAAGAUAACCACAUCAGUAAUAGUAACAGCAGCAUGAGACCAGGAGGAAGCGGUGCCCGGGGAAAUCACUAAUGGAAAAAGACCCUCAACACUUUUUGUCAAACAAAAGAAACCUGUCUUUUGGUAUUAGCCACUAGCCUUGUUCCCCUAAUGAGAAGGCUGCUCUGGUGCUAAUCUGGUUCUUAUUGCAGAAGCCAAUUCACGAAACCCUCAAUAAUCAGGACGGUUUCCCCCUCCUAAAUAAAGGUGUCAAGCCAAAUAUUUCCUUUGAUAUUGUUGUGCUUGUUGUCAGUUCCAUGUAACAUGGGCUUCAAUCAGUCCAAAUAUGAAGUUCUCAUAAGUGGGGUCUCUUGCCAUCCCUUCUGUGAAACGAAUUUGUUAUUCAUAUUAUCAUUGCUAUUAAACCUGUCUUACGUUCAAAACGUUGACAAGAACAUUA